AUGCCUCCCAAUUGGAUAGUCGUCGACGAUCACGACCGCCAAAUAGCCUACUCGGGUGACUGGGACGUCCUCGAAGGCUCGAGUCGGCAGUGGGGAGGAGCUGUUCAUGCUACAUCUGAGGAGGGUGCCAGCGCAACGCUAAUGUUCAAGGGAACAGGCAUCGCUGUUGUAGGAACCAUUCCCGCCGGCUCAGGUGCCCAACAAUGGUCGAUAACCAUCGAUGGCGGCUCUCCGACUAUCAUCGAACGCCCAGGACGCGCUCGUGACGAAUACGACGACUGGCUCUUCAGAAGAGAUGACCUCGAGCCGGACCCUAUCCACACCAUCGUCGUUUCCAACGCAGGCGGCCAGCUUCCUCUCCAUCUCGACAAGUUCGAGUUCCUCCCCCCUGAAACGGAUGUUUUCCCUGAUCCCAUAUAUCCUCAAAGUGGACAGGCGUCUGAACCCACACCCUCCCUUUCUGAGCCCUCGAGUUCGGAUGUCACCCGGAGAGUCUCCACCGUGACCGGUUCAGACGGAGUCGUGGUUACGCAAACUCAUGUAAUUGAGUUAGGUUCGAAGGGGGUUCCAGUAGGGGUCGUCGUUGGUGUCGUUGUUGGAAUUAUCUCCUUUCUCUUACUGCUGGGAAUCGGUAUAGUCCUGUUCGUUCGAAGAAGUAGGAGACGAAGGAAGGAGGCGACCAUGGGGAUACCUGGGCCAGAUUCGUCAUCAACAAGCCCUAGAGAAGGCGGAGUCAACCCGUUCCAGAUAUCUCCCUCCCAACUUGAGGCAAUCCCGCCACCAUCAGCGAAGACAGUCGUACCAGCGAGCGUCGAGAGCCAACCUCUGGGAGGAUCUGAGAGUCCUGCCACCAACGCUGGCCCGAGUCCGCCUUCGCAUCCGACGUCCGUUGCUCUUCAGGAUGUCAGUGUCUCUGGAUCUUCUGAGAAAGACGCAUACCACGACCGAACGAAUGCUCCUGUCAUUUCCAACGAUCCACCCCCAGCCUACCAAGCUUCACACGACGACUUGGUUCAAAGCCAAGAGACUGGGGCAAUGUCAAGAGCUUUCUUCACCCAGUGUCUACACUGUAACAGUGACGUUGGGCUUUUCAGUAUGCAAGGUCUCGCAUAUCGGAAAUCGAAGCGCAUAGCCAUCACCCUUGUCUGGUUGGGAACUCUAAACGUCUCAGGCGACUUCAAAUGGAUACGUUACUGGCAACCUUGCCCAGACAUGAUGAUGUUCCCGCAAUCUCUUAUCAGGUCCCACUCGCACCGAUAUCCCGCCGCUCUUCCGGAACGACGUGUUCGAGAACCCAUUGUCCUUCCUUCCCUGCGGAGCCUAACUCUGAGCAUGCAUGACACCGUGGCGGAUACCUUCGAACCUCUUCUAUACCUUAGAGUUCCGUCGCUAAACUCUCUUCACCUGAAACGACUCGGAGAUAAUCCGUUCUUAGCGCCCGUUGAUGCACAGGAUGGAAUUCUGUCCGAGACGAUCGCCUCUCGGGUGCUGGGUACUUCUCGCCCUGUCUUGAGGUGGGUUUACGCCGAUAUCAUGGGUGACAAGGACAAUAUCAGGCGGAAUAAAGAAGAGAUGCUUCGUCUCAAGCCCUCGCUGGAGUUUCUCGAGUUCGGUUUUAUGUCUGUUUAG